AUGAUGCCUGUUUCUUUCUUAUUUUAUUAUACCCCCUACCUACCUUAUGUUAAACUAGUCGACUAUACUUCACGCAUUCAUUCCCCUUUGGUUUUUAGUCAAGACUCUGGAAAAGUCGGUAACUUAUGGUAUAGCCACCGACAUGCGGGCGUUGAACGGGCAUUGACUGGGAAGACGAGCCCUGGCUCUGAUACACAUCUGAGACUUUAUUUAGAUACCACAGUCAGUUUAAGCCACUAG